AUGUGUGCAUUCUGCUACUUGCCACAUGUCUACAGGGGAAUUUCUUCGUGCAGAGAAACCUGUGAACUGCUGGAAUAUUAUAAGUCUUUCCUUGAGAUGUCAGCCAAGAGCUUCAGUGCAGUCAGAGUGGCUACUGUGCUGAUUUUCUUCCUAAAGAUACAACUCUCAGUGCAAGCGCCGCUGAACGGGUCAAAGUGGUCUUAUAUUGGUCCUGAUGGAGAGAAGGCCUGGCCAAAGAAAUACCCAUUUUGUGGAGGAGUGUUCCAAUCUCCAAUUGACUUCCACAAGGAUAUUCUCCAGUAUGAUUCCAAUCUCCUGCCUUUAGAAUUCAUAGGCUACAAUGUGUCCUCCACUGACCAUUUUACACUGACCAAUAAUGGUCAUUCAGUGAAAAUGUACCUGUCACCUACCAUGUCCAUCAGGAACCUCCCUUUUGAAUACACUGCAUCUCAGCUCCACCUGCACUGGGGGAACCGCAACAAGUCCGAAGGCUCGGAGCACACCAUGGGUGGGAAGCAUUUUGCAGCAGAGCUGCAUAUUGUGCAUUACAACUCUGAGAAAUAUCCAGAUGUAACAGCAGCAAUGGACAAAGAGGAUGGACUGGCAGUUCUGGCUGUUCUCCUCGAGAUCGGACCCUUCAACCCCUCCUAUGAAAAGAUCUUCAGGCACUUCCGGAACGUGAAGUACAAGGAUCAGAAGGUCCAAGUGCCUGGCUUCAACGUUCGAGAACUGCUCCCUGCCAGGCUGGAUGAGUUUUAUCGCUAUGAAGGAUCCCUGACAACUCCUCCCUGCUACCCCAGCGUUCUCUGGACAGUUUUCAGACACCCCGUCACAAUUUCACAGGAGCAGCUCCUGGCCCUGGAAACAGCCAUGUACUGCACAGAGAGUGACGACCCCGAGCCCCUGGAGAUGGUGGAUAACUUCAGGAAUGUUCAGGAGUUUCAUGAAAGGCUGGUUUUCAUCUCCUUCCGUGAAGGUUUUGUUGUGUCUGCUGUGAUAGCCUGCAUCCUGGCAGUCCUCACCAUCCUUGCAGUGGCCUUGUGGCUCCUGAAGAAGAGAAGCUGCAAAAAGGAAGGGCAAGACAACAGAGGAGUCAUCUACAAACCAGGCACAUACAAGGAGGAGGAAGACCUCUCCAAAAUGUGA